AUGGAGAAUGAAUUUGUCAAGGCAUUUUCUGAUUCAUUCGCUAUGAAGGGAGGAGAGGGCCCUCACAGUUAUGCCCAAAAUUCAAACCUUCAGAGAGUAGGAAUUGAAGCUGCCAAAAGCUUAAUCCAGAGUGCAAUAGCCAACAAAUUUGACCCCAAGACUAUUUCUGCUGCUUCUAAGAAACCAAUUUGCAUUGCAGACUUGGGGUGCUCCACAGGGCCUAAUACCUUUAUUGCAGUUCAAUUCAUUGUAGAAGCAAUAGAGCUCCAAUACCAGUCACAUGGUCUUGCUGUCCCAGAGUUACAAGUUUUCUUCAACGACCAAGUGUCAAAUGAUUUCAACACACUCUUCAAAAAUCUUCCUUCCAACAGAAAGUACUUUGCAGCUGGGGUUCCUGGCUCUUUCUAUGGAAGAUUAUUUCCAAUGGAGAGCCUUUAUUUUGUUCAUUCAUCUGCAUCUCUAAACUGGAUCUCUAAGGUGCCCAAAGUGAUUACAGAUAGAACUUCUACUGCUUGGAACAAGGGGAGAAUUCAUUACACGAAUGCUCCCAAGGAAGUUGUGGAUGCCUAUGCAAGUCAGUAUCAGAAAGACAUGGAAACUUUCCUCCGUGCAAGAGCACAAGAGCUUGUGGGCAAUGGGCUAAUGGCACUUCAAAUUCCUGUUGCAAAUGACGUUAUUUUUAAUGGUAAAGAUCUUGAACUUCUGGGAGAUUGCUUAUUGGACAUGGCCAAGGAGGGAAAAAUCAAUGAAGAAAAGGUGGACACUUUCAAUUUGCCAAUAUAUUUCUCACCCCGAAAGGAUCUGAUGAAAAUUCUUGAAAGUAAUGAAGAUUUCAGCAUCGAGCAAAUGGAAAUAAUGGAUGCUGUUUUGGAGAUAGAAGUCCCCUCGUCUGCUUCCCUCCAUAGAGCUGCAUUGGAAGGACUAAUUGAGAACCAUUUUGGAGAUGGUAUUGUUGAUGAACUCUUUGAUCGACAUGCUAAGAAACUGAUGGAAUUCAAGGAAAUCAUGGAUAUACAAAAGCGUAAAAUAGUUGGACUCUUUGUCCUUCUUAAGCGCAAGCUGCAGUGUGAAUGGAAGGAUUCCUAA